AUGGAACCAUAUAAUAUUUCCACAGCUGGAGGCCGAAUCAGUGGAGUUGGUGUCGGUGGGUUCCUUUUGGGCGGCGGCAUCGCUUUUGCAUCCGUUGACAAGGGGUUUGGCGCAAACAGUGUGAUCAACUACGAGGUUGUCCUCUCUAAUGACACAAUUGUCAACGCAAAUGAGGAAGAGAAUGAAGACCUAUUCAGGGCGAUGAAACUACCCUCUACAAACUAUGGGAUUGUUACUCGAUUUGACAUGCGUACCUAUCAAUCUUCUGAGAUAUGGGCAGCCGUGAAUAUAUAUCCCUUCACGCCAACUCUUGCAUCUGAAAUCUACGCACAAUCUGAAAAGUGGGGGCACAAAAAUACUAGGAAAGCCAACAUGGUAUCCAUUGGUAUGAUGCGAAACAAGGGCAUGAGUGCAGCCUUGACGGUUCAAGUCAAUGAAAAUGGUAUCGCCCAAGAUCUCCUCACAUUGAUUGUGCCUAUAAUGCAUUUGGAGACCGUAGGAAGCGCUUAUAGAGUGGUGCGUGAGGUAGUUGACACUGCAAUCACAGCCACGACGCGAACAAGAUGGCACACAAUUACGACGAAGAUUGACACGGAAUAUUUCAUAGAUAUAUUCGAGAAGUGCGAAGAUAUUAUGAAGCGUCAUGAUAACCGCGAAAAUAUCCUCUGGAGCAUAGCAGUUCAACAUUUUCAGAAGAGUUUUAUUAAUGCAACAAAAGAAAGUCCGAUCUUCAAUGCCUUAGGUUUAGAUAUCCACAUUCGAAUGGAGUGGGAAACCCCUGAUGAUGACGCUGCGUUAGAGGAAGCAGCUUAUGAACUUGGUACAUUGGCCGAAGCUGAGGCUCGUAAACGAGGCAUACUGAAUGAUUUUAUAUACCUGAACUAUGCGGAUGGGAAACAGCGUGUAUAUGAACGCUCUAUCACGCCUGAUGACAUGAAUAAGAGGAUAGAGGUGAAGAAGGCAUAUGACCCGGCAGGAAUGUUUGAUAUACUUUGGCGGGGUGGCUAUAAACUGCCAGUAGGAAGCUAUAACAAGAUUCGGGCUGAUGAGGAGAAUAGCGCACACGAUGAGCUCUAG